AUGACGGCCAGCCACAUAGCGGGGACUUUCUUCAAAUAUGCCUCCAUCCCACUGGCAGUCGCGGUCGGGUUAUACGCGAUCCUACUAGGGCUGCUCACCACUUCGACAUUCCAGUCUCAUGUUGUGUACCUCCACGCAGUUCAAAUGACAUGGUUCAAAGACCUGAAUAUUCCGGAAACUUUUGGAUUUUUAAGAAACCAGGUCACCCCCUUCUAUAUCAAAACUACAGAUGGGGAACACCUCUAUGCAUGGCAUAUUCUCCCCGUGGAGCUGUAUCGCAAGAAUGAGAAUUCUCUCCUUCAAGAACCCGCUGGCCUUGUCUCCGAUAUUAAGUCUCGAGUCAGCUUUCAGUUACUGCGAGAUGACCCCGAAGCUCGGCUGAUUAUCCACAUGCAUGGUGCCGGUGGAACUGUCGCUUCGGGGUACAGAGUCCCCAACUACCGAGCACUUUCUGCUGGGAAUCCCGAGAAAAUCCAUGUUGUAACAUUUGAUUAUCGAGGAUUUGGAAAAAGCACCGGAUCGCCAUCCGAGACUGGGCUUAUCAUUGAUGCCCUUGAUGUUGUCGACUGGGCGAUGAAUGUAGCAGGGAUUCCUCCGUCUCGGAUUCUCUUUUUCGCUCAAUCGAUGGGGACGGCCGUCAACGUUGCUGUUUCCAAACACUUUGCUCUGCAAAAUCCACCCGUGGUAUUUGCGGGUUCUGUCCUUGUUGCGCCAUUUGUCGACGUUGCAACAUUGGUCUCAACGUACCGUGUUGCGGGCACCGUUCCAAUCAUCUCGCCACUUGCCAGGUUCCCGGUGGUAUUCCAAUACCUUCAAAGAUUCAUUCGGGACAAAUGGCUGAGCAAAGACUCCAUUGCCCAAUAUAUUCGCGCUAACGAGUUCAACGGGGAAAAAUACCGACUGACGAUAAUUCAUGCUGAAGACGAUUAUGAUAUUCCGUGGCACCACUCCCAGCUUCUAUUUUGGCAUGCUGUUAAUGCGUCAACUCCGACAGGAAUCAGCUACGAUGAGCUCGAACGGAAGAAGUUGGAUUCAAGAACAGACCUUGGCGCUGCUGGAUCCAUGAUGGAAUGGAGAACGAAUAAUGGGGUUAUUCGAGAGGAAAUAUUGAAGACUGGGUUGCAUGAUGUAAUCAUGGGAUACCCCGUAAUCACAAUGGCAGUGAUGCGACAAUUUGAAGCCGUUGAUCGGACAUUUACAUCUUGA